ACGUCACUUCCGGAAACAGGAAGCGGGCUCAUUCUCGGCCGGAGAGGAGCAGGAAGAGGAAGCAGAGGAAGAAGGUGAGGUACACAGCAAUGACAGGAAAGAAAUGAAUAGGAGAAAAAUUAAUACUGAAAACGGUCCACCUGUAAAUUUGAGGAAGAAAAGCAAGAUUGUGCUCUAAAAAGAAUCAUUUGGAAGCUAAAUCAGAGAAACUAUAGAAAAAAACAAAGAAAUUUUGUCCUCCAAGGCGUUCAUAUUCGUAAACUUCUGACAUAAUAUUUGAAUCAUAAACCAAAAAGAAUGAAAUACCAUUUAUAUCCCUAUCCCAGGGCACACACAAGGGAGAAAUUGUAUAAAUGUGUGGAAUGUGGAAAAAGCUUCAGUUGGAGAAGUUCUCUUACUAUACAUCUAAGGACCCACACAGGGUAUAAGCCACAUAGAUGCAUGGAAUGUGGACAGAGCUUCAUUCGAAGUGGACAACUGCAUUCCCAUCGGAGGAUCCACACAGGGGAGAAGCCAUACGAAUGCAUGGAAUGCGGAAAGGACUUUUCUCACAGUGGAGCUCUGCGUUCCCAUCAGAGGGUCCACACAGGGGAAAAGCCUUACGAAUGCAUAGAAUGUGGAAAGUUCUUUAGAUGGAGUUCAGCAUUUACUAAACAUCAAAGGAUCCACACAGGGGAGAAGCCAUAUAAAUGCCCAGAAUGUGGAAUGAACUUCAGUGAUGGUGGAUCAUUAACUAAACAUCAAAGAAUUCACACAGGGGAGAUGCCAUAUAAAUGCAUGGAAUGUGGAAUGAGAUUCAGUGAUAAUAGUACAUGUAAUAAACACCGGAGAAUUCACACAGGGGAGAAGCCCUAUAAAUGCAUUGUAUGUGGAAAGGCCUGCUGUCAGAUUGGACAGCUGCAUUCCCAUCAAAGGACCCACACAGGGGAGAAGCCAUAUAACUGCAUGGAAUGUGGAAAGAACUUCUCUCAGAGUGGACAGCUGCGUUCCCAUCAAAGGACCCAUACAGGAGAGAAGCCCUAUAAAUGUGUGGAAUGUGGAAAAAGCUUCCGUCAAAGUAGCAAUCUGCGUUACCAUCAAAGGACCCACACUGAGGAGAUGCCAUAUAAAUGCACAGAAUGUGAAAUGAGCUUCCGUGAUGAUAAAUCAUUAGCUAAACAUCAAAUGAUCCACAUGCGGGGGAAGCCACGUAUAUGCAUGGAAUGUGGAAAGAGCUUCAAAUAUAGUUCAGCAUUUGUUAAACAUCAAAGAAUUCACACAGGGGAGAAGCCAUACAAAUGUGUGGAAUGUGGGAAGAGCUUUAGUGAUAGUAGCUCAUUAACUAAACAUCAAAGAGUUCACACAGGGGAGAAACCUUACAAAUGCAUGGAAUGUGGGAAGAGCUUCAGCGAUAGUGGAACAUGUAGGAGGCAUCAAAGAACCCACACAGGGGAGAAGCCAUUUAAAUGCAUCGAAUGUGGAAAAAGCUUCAGUCGGAGUGCAGAUCGGCGUUCCCAUCAAAGGGCCCACACAGGGGAGAUGCCAUAUAAAUGCAUGGAAUGUGGAAUGUGCUUCAAUGUUGUUAGAUCAUUAACUAAACACCAGAGAACUCACACAGGAGAGAUGCCAUAUAAAUGCAUAGAAUGUGGAAUGAGUUUCAGUGAUAUUAGAUCAUUAACGAAACACCUAAGAAUUCACACAGGGGAGAAGGCUUAUAAAUGUAUGGAAUGUGGGAAGAGCUUUGGUAACGCCUCAACGUGUGCUAGGCACAUAAGAAUACACACAGGGGAAAAGCCAUAUAAAUGUACGGAUUGUGGGAAAAGCUUCAAUCAGAGUGGACAUCUGCGUUACCAUGAAAGGACCCACACAGGAGAGAUGCCACAUAAAUGCAGGGAAUGUGGAAAGAGCUUCAGGCAAAGUGAAGGUCUGCAUGCCCAUCAAAUAACACAUAUGGGAGGAGAAGCCAUAGAAAUGUAUGGACUGUGGAAAGAGUUUCAGUGAUAGUUGAGCAUGCACUACAUGUUGAACAAUCCAUAAAGAGAAAUGUUUUGAUUGUGGACAGAGCUACACUCAGAAUGGAGUUCUGCAUUCCUUUCACAGAAAUUGCAUUGCUUGUGUGUUUUUGCAAGGCAGGGGCCUGGACUUUGCUGGUCCAUGUGCUCUCUUCCAACUCUAUGAUUCUGUGACCCACACAGGAGAAGCCACGGAAAUGUAUGGAAUGUGGAAAGAGCUUCAAGGAUGGCCAAGUAGGCACCAGACAUCAAUGAACUCGCACUGUUAUUGGAGAAGUGCUCCCUUUUGGAUUUCCAAAUUGUCUCAAAAUGAAGUUGUAUUUUUCCCAGCCAAGUGCUCUAUCCUUUUAAACAGAGGGUGGAUGGUGAUCCAUUGGGGUGUUUUGAUUGUGCUUUUUCCCAUUAGGGUUGGAAGGGAUGGUCCAUGUGGUCUCCUCCAACUCUAUGAUUCCAUGUUGGUUCUCUUCCCUCCCCUUACCCUAUCUAGCUGUAGCAACAUGUUCAUUAGGAUAUGAUUCAUUAGGAUAUGAUUAGGAUAUGAUUGCUAUUGAUGUUUUACUGGUAUAAUUGUUUUAUAGUCAUGCUAUUGAUAUUGAUUGUCUUAUCGGGCUAGGCCCCAUGUAAGCCGCCCCGAGUCCCUUUAGGGAGAUGGGGCGGGGUAUAAAAAUAAAAUUAUUAUUAUUAUUAUCACUCCCUAGCCUUAUCUAGAAAGUACAAAUGUGUUGACGAAGGUUUUCAUGGAAGGAAUCACUGGAUUGCUGUGAAUUUUCCGGGCUGUAUGGCCAUGUUCUAGAAGCAUUCCUUCCUCAUGUUUCGCCCACAUCUAUGGUAGGCAUCCUCAGAGGUUGUGAGGUCUGUUGGAAACUAGGCAAGUGGGGUUUAUAUAGCUGUGGAAUCAUGUCCAGGUUGGGAGAAAGAACUUGUUUACUUGAGUCAAGGGUGAAUUGAGUAGUUCUUUCUCCCACCCUGGACAUUAUUCCACAGAUAUGUAAACCCCACUUGCCUAGUUUCCAACAGACCUCACAACCUCUGAGGAUGCCUGCCAUAGAUGUGGGUGAAACAUUAGGAGAUAAUGCUUCUGGAACAUGGCCAGACAGCCUGGAAAACUCACAGCAAACCAGUAAUACAAAUAUUUGUGGAUAAUAAAUUGUGUGAGAGGGCAUGCUUGGACUUAGGAGGAACUUCUUGACUGUGAGAGCUGUUCAGCAAUGGAACUCUCUGCCGUGGAGUGUGGCAGAGGCUCCUUUAGAGGCUUUUAAGCAGAGGCUGGAUGGCCAUCUGUCGGGGGUGCUUUGAAUGCAAUUUCCUGCUUCUUGUCAGGGGGUUGGACUGGAUGUCCCAUGAGGUCUCUUCCAACUCUAUUAUUCUAUGAUUCUGAUUCCUGGGAAAGGACGAGAUGGGGUGUGCCUUGAACAGCUCUGGAAUUAGAGGCAAGGAGGUCGCAUUUCGAGCAGGAGAGCAUAGAGCAGGGGUCCCCAAACUACGGCUCGGGGGCCACAUGCGGCCCAUUGAAGCCGUUUAUUCGGCCCCCACAGCACAAAGGCUGAAGGGGGUUGGGCUAAAUGGCCCAACAGGUCUCUUCCAACUCUCUUUAUUAUUAUUAUUAUUAUUAUUAUUAUUAUUAUUAUUAUUAUUAUUAUUAUUAUUAUGACACAGCAAACAAUAUAGAUAUGCUGGAUUUCGUAUCACAAAAUCACAAGUCGAACACUUCCCAAGUGUCUAGGACUGUGUGAUGUAUUAUUAAUAUUUUUAUUAAUAAUAAUAAUAUGUAGUAUUAUCAGGCCUGUAGCGAGGGGGCGGUUUUAGGAGUUCAACUCCCCCCCCCCCCUGAAAUUUUUCAGGUUAUAAAAAAAACCUGGUUUACUCAUGAAUUUUAACUGGUUAACCAAAUCCCCAUGCUAAGUCUAUGAGACACAAAACAUUAAGAGCCCCUCCAGGCACUAUCUCAAGCAGAUAUUGACAGGUUUGUAGCGGGGAGGGGUGUGUGCUAGGGGUUAACCCCCCCCCCCCCCGAAAUUUUUUUCUGGCUACAGCCCUGAUUAUUAUUAUUAAUGAUGAUUAUUAUUGUUAACAUUGAGGCUGGGAGGCCAUCUGUCAGGGUUGCUUUGCUUGCGCUUUUGGUCCACAAAGGCAGAAAGGGGUUGGGCUAAAUAUUAUUAUUAUUAUUAUUAUUGCUCGGUGGCCACCUGGCCAACUAUAGUUCUGCCCUCCAACGGUCUGAUGGAUCAUAAACUGGCCCCCGGUUUUAAAAGUUUGGGGACCCCUGGCAUAGAGGAAACUUCUGUAUCUACUUCUAUUUUCUCUGUAUUUUUCCUCGCAACCACAUUGGAAAGAGAAUAUCUUUGAACAUGGGUAAAACACUAUACAUCAUCACACUGCCUGGGAGUGUGAUGGAAGCUCCUACUUUGGAAGCAUUUAAACAGAGGGUGGAUGGUAAUCUGUUGAGGAUUGUACUUUUCUUGCAUGCCAGAAAGGGGUUGGAUGGUCCAUGUGGUCUCUUCCAACUCUAUGAUUCCAUGUUGCCUCCCCUUCUUCCAUAUCCUUCCCUGCUGACUUGGGUAGGAGACAUAUCAGCUGUAGAUUUGUGUGAUGUAUAUUUUCCAAGAUUAUGACUCUAAGACCUUCUAUAUAACUGUUGUAUCUAGAUACAUUUGAGGGGAGAUUUCUUCCUGCUUCAAACUUAUGUGAAGCCCCUCAGACCGUAAUUGUGAGCCUUUUUCUUGUUUUGUAAGACUGAGGGCGCUUCGAGACAGCACCAAAUCAUGGGUUUUACGUCAAGGGCAAAAAAAAAAAAAAAAACGGGACCUGAAAAGAGAUCCAUAUACAGACCUGUUGGUCCCGGGAUUUCUGGCUCCGAUGUCCAGACUUGCUACUUUGUCCUGGGACUUUGAAGGCCGCUACAGGACAUCUGCUGGAAAUUUCAGAUUUUUUUUUAAAAAGUGCAGGUGUUAAUAUGCAAAUUAUUGUACAAGUUCUGUUCCCGGGUUAUACAUAUCUGUUCCUCAUUGCUUUUAUCAUUAAAAAAGCCGCUCCGAGCCCUAGGGGAGUGGCGGCAUAUAAGUUUGAAAAAUAAAUAAAUAAAUAAAAAUAAAUAAAUAAAAGAUGUAGAAAGUUGACUUAGAGGGCGGAAACUUUGUCUACAUGUUUAAUGAAGUUUCUGGCAUACAAACAAAGUUUACAGAGUUGGACCACUACUUUCCAAGUCAGGGCUAUACAAUCAAACAGGAACACAGACUUUCAAGCCAGGAACAAAACUUCGUCAUUAUUAUCACUCUUUAGAGGCUGCAUGGCCAUCUGUGCAGACAUUUUUGGUUGUGUACUUAUGCCUGGGAACUAUGGGGUGAUGUUCCUGGGUGUUUGUUACUCAUUGCUUUUAUCCUAGAUACUUGGGGAAAGUUGAUUACAGGGCAAAAACUUUGUCCUGGCAAGAGAAGCAUUGCCAUUCACCAAUUUAUCAAAGUUUUCACCAUGUAAUGAACUUUUCCCAUGUUUUUAGAAUAGAAGCAAUGAGGAACCGACAUUUAUAAUCCAGAAACAAACCAACAUAAAAAUUCCAUAAUUUCUGAGUGUUGGGACAUACAGAAAUUAGAAGAUCCAAAUCUUCUGGCCAGAACCGGGAUAUCCCCACACUUUUUUAUCUUGCGUUUUUUUUGACUUAGUAGCGAUUCUUCAUAUAUUUUUAGCUGAUGUUGUCUUGCCACAAUCCAGUUUGAACUGGGACCACUGGGGUAAGGUUACCUCGGUUCUUCCUGAGGUGCUUUGACUUCUUGCUCUAAGCAUCACUGCAGGUUUGUCCAUUUCUGCCAAUUUGAAAACCAUUGUGAUCCAUUCUUUUGUUGAUAUUCUGCCUUUUUACAGAUUUGAGCAUAUUUAUAGCAUUCUCACUUCAAUUAGCAUGUAUUGUAAUGGUGUUAUGUGUAUUGACUUUACUAAUUCGUUUUGUAAUCCUAAUUAAAAAUGGUGUUGGACCUCA